GAUCAGCCAGGCCAAGGGGCAGGACUGAGGCUCCUUCGAAAGCCUCCCUGCCCGCCCCCACUGGGUGCCCGCCUCCCACCCCCAGCCCCACCAGACCGACCCUGUGGCUCCCAAUGCCCAGGGGCUCCGGAGUGGGCCCUGCCGAGGCAGGGGAGCUGACGGGCCCUGAGAUCGGUUGGAUGUUACAGGCGUGCAAGAUGGAAGGGUUCCCCCUCGUCUCCCCUCCAUCAGAAGACAUGGUGCCCUACGACACAGAUCUGUACCGCCAGACCCACGAAUAUUACCCCUAUAUCAGCAGUGAUGGAGAGAGCCACAGCGACCAUUACUGGGACUUCCACCCCCACCACAUGCACAACGAGUUUGACGGUUUUGCUGAGAACCAUUUCACGGAGCUCCAGAGCGUCCAGCCCCCCCAGCUGCAGCAGCUUUACCGUCACAUGGAGCUGGAGCAGAUGCACGUCUUGGACACCCCCGUGGCCACUGCCCACGGCAACCUCGGCCACCAGGUCCCCUCACUGGCCCCUCUGCAUUCCUCCCAGGUCUCGUACCUGCCCUGCAUGUGCCUUCAGUACACCUCCCCUCCCCAGCCCAGCUCCGACGAGGAAGAAGGUGAGCGGCAGAGCCCCCCACUGGAAGUGUCCGAUGGGGAGACUGAGGUCCUGGAGCCUGGCCCGGGAAUCCUACACGGAGAGACAGGCAGCAAAAAGAAGAUCCGUCUCUACCAGUUUCUUCUGGACCUUCUCCGCAACGGGGACAUGAAGGACAGCAUCUGGUGGGUAGACAAGGACAAAGGCACUUUCCAGUUCUCCUCCAAGCACAAGGAGGCCCUGGCCCAUCGUUGGGGCAUCCAGAAGGGCAACCGUAAAAAGAUGACCUACCAGAAGAUGGCCCGAGCCCUACGGAACUACGGCAAGACGGGCGAGGUCAAGAAGGUGAAGAAGAAACUGACCUACCAGUUCAGUGGGGAAGUGCUGGGGCGGGUGACCCUGGUCGACCGGAGGCAUCAGCCCCACUGAGUGCCCGCCAGCCCGCCCACACCCCCCAAAGCCGGGCCUUGGCACAACCCCACAUUCUGUGGGACAGGAGGGGUGGGCUACCCAGUGGGCACAGUGCUAUCCCUGAGGGUGGCACCAGUGCCAGGGUAGGAGGCUAGGCCCCACUCCUACCUGCUGCAUUAGCUUCCCUGCUGCCCGUAGCAUUAACCCCAUGUCUGGGCCUCAUGGACAAACAGGAAGAUGGUUGAAGUGGGUGACAGACUAGGAGGUGUCUGUUUCCCUGUUCUUCCCCAUCAUCCUAAUUCCAACUCCCCCUCCCUCUUCUGAGAUUUCCAGGCACCUCCUGGCUUCUUUUCCUCCCUGGCUGCCAAGGACUCUAGCCCUUACCUCUCACUAAGGACUUUCCCUUUGAGUCAACCUUGGACUCGAAUGGGAUGCUCAUCAACAGGUUGGCCUUGCUUCAUGCAACUGGCUAUGUUUCUCAGGAGUUUCUUAUAAAUCAAGUUACUGUAAAUUGGCUCCUCUCUUAAAUGUCACUAAUUAAAGGGAUAUUCCAGUGAAUCUUUUUUUUUUUUUUUUUUUUGCAAAGCCAAAAAUCAUCUCACAAAAUGAAUUAGUGCAUGGUAACUCAUCAUUCUGAGGUGACUCUGGAUUUCCAAUGCCAGCUAAUUUAUAUGGAAGUCACAUAUUCAUCAACCUCAAUCUGGAAAAUGGCCAAAGACAAGGAAAUAUGUAAUAAAAGUCUUGGGGUAAGCAAAAUAGGUGCACUAAAGGCCUUGCACUUUAAUAGAAGAGCCCCGCUGGCCUAUUCAGAGCCUACUGACUCUUACUUUACACACAAUUCUAAUGUACUUGGUGAUCCUGUUUUCUUCCCAGCCUACACAGAAGAGAAACAGCAAAUUAGAAGUAGAACAGCCUGUGACAGACAGGCACACUGACAACAGAAAAAUGAAGAGGGAGGAAACAAACUAUUUUUAAAAGCAAAUAUGAGGAUUCAAAAUAUCCAGGGCCACUUAGUGCCAGGGGAAGCCAGCCUUACUUACCUUUAUAGGUUCAAUGUAUUAUAAUCCAAGAAAAUUUUCUUUCCCAUGAUAACCCUGAGCCAUCGAGAAAAAUGUCCAUUAUGACUUGUCUCCUUGGUUUAAGAAUGAGGGGACAUGGGGCAGCUAGGUGGCGCGGUGUAUAGAGUACCGGCCCUGGAUUCAGGAGGACCUGAGUUCAAAUCCAGCCUCAGAUACUUGAUACUAGCUGUGUGACCCUGGGCAAGUCACUUAACCUCAAUUGCCUCCCCCCUCCCCCCCAAAAAGAACGAGGUGACGUGUAAGAAAGACAUUUUAGAAAUAUUAAAAUGGUUGAAAUAAAAGGA